AGAGCUUUCUAAUUGGUGAUAUAUAGCUAGCUUUCUCAUGAAACAGCACCAUAAAUAACGUUACUGCCUUUGACCACAACGUCAACUUCUUCGCCUUGCUAGCUAGCUAGCUAACUGUUACUCUCUAGUAGCAUAGGAAAUUCUGAGGUGAUUCUGUUUUAGUAGCUAGCUAGCUAAGUUUGCUUACUACCAUGUGGAUGAAGAUCUUUCAGCCAACCAGAUAGCUAACGGUAUGUCAAAGCAGAUUUAAAAUAAAUAACGUUUAGCUAAAACACAAUUUGUUUAGCGAAUUAGCUACUUGAGGCGAAUCAUUCACCAAUUGGAACUAACAGUUAACGUUAGUACUGUAACAAGCAAGCACCUCUUUCUAGCGUUUAGCUAGCUAGCUCGCUUAUUGAUUAACCAAUAAGUUAUUGAUUAACCAACCGAAUUUUUUUCACCCAAACUGUUAACCUAAAUCCAAUGACAUGGUGACAUUUGUUAUAGAUUUUACGUUCACGUUAGUUGACAUCUCAACCAAAUGUAAAUCAAAACUAGACCAUGACGUCUGUGCCCAGUGAGUAGACUCCACAUGCUGUUGGGCUUAAGUUACUGUUUGUCCUUUACCCUACAAAUUAACACAUGUCAAGUAAUUAACUCCGUUCAAUGACUGGUACCUUGUAUUUUGUUUUAGACAACAUGACUGUGUGUAACGUUAAAGUUACUGUCAAUGAAGGAAGUAACUACAUUUGGUUGCAGAUAUGGCAAACAAGCAGACAUACUGUAUCAGGGCCUCUUAAGAGAGACAAUGUUGGAGACUGAGGAAUGCACCAAGGGGUGUUUCCCCCCCCAUUCUACCAGUGAGCACUUCACUAUUGAUGAUGUUGACGUCCUCAACACCCCCAACCCACCACUUCCCUUCUCGCACCCAUUUCACCCAGAGCCUUGGAUGGGAUGUGAGCCAAAUAGAAACAUGGAGAUUGAUAACUCCUCUGGUCCUGUCAUCGUGGGAGAGGGCACUCUGUUGGAGCCAUUUUCAUUGACAGUACCUGUCAGGUCUUCACCUUAUGAGUGUACGCUCUGCCAUAAGAUGUUUGGAACAGCCAACACACUCAACAAACAUUUACUGACCCACCAACAGGAAAGACCACAUGUUUGCCCCAUCUGCCAACGAGCAUUUAAACGUCAUGAUCACCUCAAUGGCCAUAUGUUGACCCAUCAGAAACGCAAGCAGUUCCGAUGUGCUGAACCUGGGUGCCAGAAGAGCUACUGUGAUUCUCACUCCCUGAAGCGCCACUAUAUCUCUCAGCAUGGUCUCCCUCUCAUCCCGCCCAUGUCCCAAAGCCCCCCGAAACCAAGCCACCCAGCCCACUCUGCUACUACCCAGUGGGAGCAUGUGGAUAGUGCUGCAUAUUUGGGAGGUUCGACAGCUCACUGUAAUUACCGUCCCAUGUUCCUGACCCAACCCAAACCGACAUCAGACACUCAACAGAAGGUCGCUGAUUACUCUGGCUUUUUCAGCUUCAACAGUUACAAGGGGUUUGCUCCUCCAAGUGGCUUACAACUGAACAACUACUCAGAGCAGAACAUCUCUCAGUCAAGGCCUAUCUUAGUCCUGGACACCUGGAUGCAGCAGUCUGACAAAGGUCCUUGUAGUGAGUGCCCAGGCGAAUUAAAUCCACCCCAGUGGGCCCCUGAGCCUAGUAACAUCACUGCUACUUUACCAUCACUACUUCCUGGAGUGGAUGGCCCAAGUCCUCAUGGCUGGGAGAGUGUAGUUGACUUCCCUGUAUCUGACCUCCAAGUGCUUGAAGAAAUGUUGUCCUGUCAUCCCUGUAGUGAGGCUGGUAACCGGGAGUGUUUAGUGAAGCCAGCGUCCCCGGAGAAGAGCUACUCUCCAUCUAAGCAGGAGCAGUCGACUUAUGGCCAGAUGAACUCGGAUGGAAAACCCCAAGUUAACACUCAGCUGCACUCUUUUGAACCAACAGCAAGCUCAGAUUCCAGUGUAACAUCUAUGUCGUUUCCCAACACUGUUUUCAUCCACUCAAGCUCAAGUCUUCCAAACAAGCCCAACCCAGUCCCACCUAUCCCGCCGCCACCAGCCAUCGUCCUACCCUGCCUCUACAGUGUGCAGAAGUCAGAGACUUGCAAUACAAAGAGCGACAGUAAGAGAAAGAGAGAGAGGAGGAAGAAGGGGAGGACUGUAGAGCUUCCUGCUCCACCUCUCCCCACACCUCGCCCCACCUCUCUCCUGGCUCCCCGACGUCCCCGCCCUCGGCCACACUACCUCGUCUCUCCAAGCCAGGUGGCUAUGGCCUCUUUUAGCUCAGACAGCAACCCUCGGCAGACCUUCCAGGGAAGAAAUGUCAGUGUGCCAGGAGAGGGACAACAGUGUAGUGACGGGAUAUUCCCUAGCUUUCACAAGACAGAACAGAGCUACAAGGCCAGGUCCUCAAGUAGACCAUGUGCACCCUCUAUUAAAAUGGAACCUUACUCUCCAGAGCCUGGAGAGAGAGCACCACAGACUCAGAGGUCUCCAUCUAGAACAGAAGACAUGCCUCUGUCUCCUUUGGUCAUCCCUGUUUCAGUUCCAGUCUCUGCGAAGACUGAUCCUGACACUCCUUCAUCACUCAAUGCAGAGAACCCUCAGAAUGGUUCAGGGAGGUCAAAGAGGAGCCGACGUCUUGACUUCAUGAAGACUCUGAUCAUUCCUCCCCCCAUGCUCCCACAGCCGUCCCCACGGAGGCUCCUAGGCGAGGAGGGUGGGGGUGCUCCCUGGUGUCGUGCAGCAGGCGGCUACCCCAGUCAGCUACGCUCCCCCAUGUACCUGGCAGACCACCUGCUCAACCCCAGCUUCCAGCCUCCUCCUUACACACCCCCACCCAUGCUGAGCCCCCUACGCCCAGGGACCGGCCUGUACUUCAGCACAGUGCCUUGGCUUCACCCCGGCCCUCCUCUGCCCAGCAGCUACACCGCCUCUUUGGAUGGAGCUGAUGGAAUCUCCUUGAUGAUGGACGACACAGUGGUCAACAUAGAGCCGAGAAUCAACGUGGGCCAACGUUUCCAGGCUGAGAUCCCACCCAUUCGUAACCUGCUUCUAAUGCUAUAUGACGAGCACCCUGCUCAGCUUGUCUGGGCUCCAUGGGGAGACAUAUCCAGCAACGUGGAAACACAAAAAGGGGUGACUAAACUGAUAGACUUGUGCUGUUCCAGUGUGCUGCCAGGAGGGGGCACCAACACAGAGCUGGCCCUCCACUGUCUGCAUGAGGUGCAGGGAGACAUUCUGGCUGCACUUGAUUUACUGUUAGUCAGGGGAGACUUCCGUUCCUCAACACACCCUUUGUGUGACUAUCACUACCCAGGUUCAGAUGAUUGGAGUCCUCAAGAGAAGAAACUAUUUCGUAAAGCGCUGCUCACCCAUGAGAAGGACUUCCAGCUUAUUCACAGUGUGUUACAGACUAAGUCCGUGACACAGUGUGUGGAGUACUACUAUGCAAUGAAGAAGCUCAAGAAGUUCAAGCAACGCAGUCGAGGAUCAGACAAAAAGGAAGCAGUUGGUGAAGAGCUUCAGAUGGAGUCACCUGGCUGUUGUGAGGACAACCAUGUGGGACGGAGAGUGCCCAGGAGGACACUUACUAAACCAGGGAACGGGACUAAAGGGGUACAGGAGGAGCAGACUACCACAGGAGGUGCUUUGGAGUACAUCUGUCGAGAGUGUGGGCGGGUAUUUGACAAGGUGAAGAGUCGUAGUGCUCAUAUGAAAACCCACCGGCAGCAGGAGAGGGAGUGGCUGACCAGGUAUGUCUGGCCUAUGGGCUGCCCUGCAGACAACCCUCAUCAAGGAGAUCCCGGCCAGGACUCUGCCAAGGUGCCUUUACUCUACUGUACGAGAGGAAUCCUCUAUAGUACAUAGUGGUGAGCACAGGACUGUUUCAGUUACUGGCAAGUCAAGUAUAUGUCGAAAUCUUACACAUGACCGAAAUUCACUCACUAUGAAUUCAUAUUGGCAGGUAUUUAUUGAAAAUCACUUUAAAAUAAUGUUUACCUAAAGAAAGCAACAACAAUUGAUGUUUUUUUCUCUCCAAAAAACACACCCUACUUUACUAUAAGGUUUAGAACUUUAUGUGAUGUUGCAUUCGUGUUCCUUGUCAUUCUCUGUUGUUGGACAACACGUUCUGUUAUUGUUGGUUCACAUUGUCCUAAAGUUUCUAAACAGCAUGCUCUUUUUAAGCAACCUGAAAUCCUUGCUAAAAUAUCCUGUGCUUUUAAUUACAUUUGCAUCAAUAUGAAAGCCAAAGUUUGCCUGGUAUGUUCAAUUGAAUAAUCCAUUGUAAAAUAAUUCAGUUAUUAUAUGAGUUAUUACUCUUUGUAAACAACGACAAGACAUUGACAAUUGGUCAUAAAAAAUGCAUAUGAAUCAGGGUUAGAUCCUGGGCAGCUGAGAACAGAGAAUUUAUUUACUGAACUGUGGCCCGCUCCUCACAAACAGUUUUGGCCUGAGUUUAACACUUCUGGAUUGGAUCUUGUGUUAUGUUCUUUAAGUUAAAAUUCUUGAUGAACAAUCCACUAGUUCAGAACGAGUACGGGCUUUACCUGACUGGCAUGUCCUCUAUGUGAGAGUGUUGAUGAAAGUUAAACUUGUUGUCUCACUCAGGUGUUGUUUUAAAAUAAAUGUGUUUGUCUGAA